AUGUGCGAAAGCUGUGGGAAGCCGCUGACCGACUUCGAUGCUGUCAACCGCAUUGUGGUCAACAGAACGUCAGAACAAAUUUGUCCAAAACCUUUGUCGAGUUCGAUUGGGGACAAAGACAUAUAUCGAUACCACCAACUAGAGGAAGACCAGAUUCGCCUUAUAGCACUGCACCCUGCCGAGUUUCAUGCAGAAUUACACUGCACCAUUGUACGAGUUUCUCUAAACAACUUACCUCCAUUUGAAGCCGUGUCGUAUACAUGGGCAAACCAGUCUGGCGACAGUACUUCGCAAGGUCAUGUGUUGUUAGGUCGGGCGAGAAAAUCACUGCCAGUUACCGUUAAUUGCGAGGCUGUUCUCCGGCGGCUGCGUCUUCCCAACAUGAAUCGCUUGCUUUGGAUUGAUGCUAUUUGCAUCAAUCAAACUUCGAAGUUCACACAGGAGCGAAACCAUCAAGUUGCCUUGAUGUCCAGGAUAUACCGAGAAGCACACACUGUCCUUGUUUAUCUCGGCGAAAGCACUCAGUCCAGCAACAGGUUAUUUGAAUACCUAGCCAUGGACGAAAAACAAAUGAGGGGUUUGCGAAGUCUAAGGAAUGAUACAAUGCCGUCCGGCAUAUGCAACGACCUAAGUCUUUUACUACGUCGGCCAUGGUUCAGCCGAAUUUGGGUUCUCCAGGAAGCUGCUGUCGCCCGUCGUUGCAACUUCAUCUGUGGGACGGUAUUUUUGGACUACAAUCACCUUUUCCUCGCAGUUUCUUGGCUACUCAAGUCUUCCCCCGGAUCUUCCAAGCCUUGCAUAUUCGACCUCCGCAAUGAACACACGAUCAACGAAACCCUCUGGGACGUUUUGCAAAGCUCUCAAUCCUGUCUAUGCUCGGAGCCUCAGGAUAGAAUUUAUGCACUGCGAGGCAUUGUCAGAGAUAUUCGUUCCGAUGAACUCCUGCCUGACUAUACGAAAUCAGCGGAAGAGGUUUUUGUUGACGUCGCAAAACACCUCGUACGGACAUAUCGAUCACCGAACGUCUUGUUUCUGCGGACCCAUCGCCUUCGUACACCAUUUCCUUCAUGGGUACCGGACUUU